GGUCCGCGCGGGGCGUGCGCGCGGCGGGGCGCAGUCGGAGAUGUGGAACCCGCUGCAGGAGGCCGACGCGGCCGCGGGGGCCGGGCGCCGCUCGCGCUGGCUGUGCGCCGGGGCGCUGGGGCUGGCGGGCGGCCUCCUCCUGCUCGGCUUCCUCCUCGGGUGGUUUUUAAAAUCUUCUAAUGAAGCUACUAACAUUGCUCCACAGCAUGGCAUGAAGAAGGCAUUUUUGAAUGGGUUGAAAGCUGAGAACAUCAAGGAAUUCCUAUACAAUUUUACACGAGUACCACAUUUAGCAGGAACAGAACAAAACUUUCAGCUUGCAAAGCAAAUUCAAUCCCAGUGGAAAGAAUUUGGCCUGGACUCUGUUGAGUUAGCCCAUUAUGAUGUCCUGUUGUCCUACCCAAGCAAGACUCAUCCCAACUACAUCUCAGUAAUCAAUGAGGAUGGAAGUGAGGUUUUCAACACCUCAUUAUUUGAACCACCACCCCCAGGGUAUGAAAAUGUCUCAGACAUCGUACCACCUUUCAGUGCCUUCUCUCCACAGGGAGUGCCAGAGGGGGAUCUAGUGUAUGUUAACUAUGCACGAAUUGAAGACUUCUUUAAACUGGAGCAGGACAUGAAGAUUAAUUGCUCUGGGAAGAUUGUGAUUGCCAGAUAUGGGAAAAUUUUCAGAGGAAAUAAGGUUAAAAACGCUCAGCUGGCAGGGGCCAAAGGAGUCAUUCUGUACUCAGAUCCUGCUGAUUACUUUGCUCCUGGGGUGGCAUCCUAUCCGGAUGGAUGGAAUCUUCCUGGAGGUGGUGUCCAGCGUGGAAAUAUAUUAAAUCUUAAUGGUGCAGGGGACCCUCUCACACCAGGUUACCCAGCAAAUGAAUAUGCUUAUAGGCAUGGAAUUACAGAGGCUGUUGGCCUUCCACAUAUUCCUGUUCAUCCAAUUGGAUACUAUGAUGCACAGAGGCUGCUAGAACACAUGGGAGGCUCAGCACCACCAGACAGCAGCUGGAAAGGAAGUCUCCAAGUGCCCUACAACGUGGGACCUGGCUUUACUGGAAACUUUUCUACACAGAAAGUCAGGAUGCACAUCCAUUCCAGCAGUGAAGUAACCAGAAUUUACAACGUGAUCGGUACCCUCAGAGGAGCAGUGGAACCAGAUCGGUAUGUCAUCCUUGGGGGCCACCGGGACUCGUGGGUGUUUGGCGGCAUUGACCCUCAGAGCGGAGCUGCUGUGGUUCAUGAAAUCGUGAGAAGCUUUGGGACACUGAAAAAGGAAGGAUGGAGGCCUAGAAGAACAAUUUUGUUUGCAAGCUGGGAUGCAGAAGAAUAUGGUCUUCUUGGUUCUACUGAGUGGGCAGAGGAGAAUUCCAGGCUCCUUCAGGAACGUGGUGUGGCUUAUAUUAAUGCUGAUUCUUCUAUAGAAGGAAACUACACUCUAAGGGUUGAUUGUACACCACUGAUGUACAGCUUGGUAUACAAUCUAACAAAAGAGCUGCAGAGCCCCGAUGAAGGCUUCGAAGGCAAGUCUCUUUAUGAGAGCUGGAGUGAGAAAAGUCCUUCCCAUGAGCUCAGUGGCGUACCCAGGAUUAGCAAACUGGGGUCUGGUAAUGAUUUUGAAGUGUUCUUCCAGAGACUUGGAAUUGCUUCCGGCAGAGCACGCUAUACUAAAAAUUGGGAAACAAACAAAUUCAGCAACUAUCCUCUAUACCAUAGUGUCUAUGAAACUUACGAGUUGGUGGAAAAAUUUUAUGAUCCAACGUUUAAAUACCACCUCACUGUGGCCCAGGUUCGAGGAGGGAUGGUGUUUGAACUGGCCAAUUCCGUAGUGCUCCCUUUCAAUUGUCAAGAUUAUGCUGUAGUUUUAAAAAAAUACGCUGACAAAAUCUACAAUAUUUCGAUGAAAUAUCCACAGGAAAUGAAAACAUACAGUGUAUCAUUUGAUUCGCUGUUUUCUGCAAUAAACAAUUUUACAGAAAUAGCUUCUAAGUUCAACAAGCGACUUCAAAGCUUAGACAAAAGCAACCCCAUACUAUUGAGAAUUAUGAAUGACCAACUGAUGUUUCUGGAACGAGCAUUCAUUGAUCCUUUAGGGUUACCAGACAGACCUUUCUAUAGGCACAUCAUCUAUGCUCCAAGCAGCCACAACAAGUAUGCAGGGGAAUCAUUCCCAGGAAUUUAUGAUGCUCUCUUUGAUAUUAAAAGCAAGACAGAUCCUUCAAAGGCCUGGGCAGAAGUGAAGAGACAGAUUUCUAUUGCAGCCUUCACAGUGCAGGCUGCAGCAGGGACACUGAGAGAAGUAGCCUAGGAGAACACUGGAAAGAGGUCCUGCUGAAUGGCUGUGAUACACUGAAAAAUAAAAGUGUGAGAUUAUAGGUAUAUAUAUGUGUGUCAUAAGUAUGCAUGUGUAGACAUAUACUUUUUUCUUCUCAUUGUAAACCAUUCAAGAAAAAUGGACAAUUGUUAUUGUAUAGUUAUAGAAUGCAUUCUGCAGUUGAAAAGUUGAACUCAUGUUAAAACUAAGAACAGCUCCAUCUAGCAAUGCUUAUCUAUCACAUCAGAACAUCAAGUCUAAUACAGCACUUCCAGAUCUAACCAUGUCACUGCACACGAGAAAAACACCAGUCCUGAGCACACUGUGUCAGGACACACACAGGGCAGCUCCCCCAGAUGCCUAGGCCCUGGGGGACCUAGACACCCCAGCAUGGGAGGAUUUCUCCCCACCAUACCUACUGGGAAGUUCUGAGCUAAACCCACUUCUAGUAAAUGUAGCCACUUUAUACUGUAAAGGACAAUACUUUUUUAUUAUUUAUUUAAUCUGUUCAUCUGUAGUACAUAAUGUUUAUGUUUCUUGUGUAGAGUUUAUGCAUGUACACAUUUUAAUUCCUUUAUUUGUUGCCCUUCCCUUCCCUUCCUCCCUUCCCCCUCCACUUAUCUCUUGAUCCCCUGCCUUUUUUAAGAAACAUCUAGCCAGGUAUUGUGACACACACCUAUAAUCCCAGCACUCCGGAGGCUGAGGCGAAAGGGUUGCUGAGUUUAAGGCCAGCCUGGGCUACAUAAUGAGUUCAGUGCCAGCCUGAACGGCAUAGUGACACACUGUCUCAAACAAACAAACAAACAAUAUAUAACAUAAAUAAAUAGAUAAUGUAAAAUAACAAAACGGACAUUUGUAAACUAAAUAGCCCUAUUGAAAAAGGACCAUUUUCAAUUGUUGUUGAUUUUCUUGUGCUACUGACUAGUGUGCUUCUUGUGCCAGAAAUAAUCAAUUUCUUGAAUUUUAUAUUUAUUUCUUGUUUUUAUGAAUUUACCACACAUGACUGUAUCCCUUAUGUUUCAGCUUUGUAUAUAUUCUGAUUUUAUAAUUAAACUCAUACUAUGUGCA